GUAUCUAUGUGUGUAUGUCCAGCAUACAAUAUAGAUGUCUUAUCUAUGAUGAUACAUAUGUAGAACUUAUUUAUGUGGCGUAACGUCUCCUAAUUUGGACAUUUCAAUAUCAAAGGUUUUGCUACUUGCUACAAGUUCCGAAUUUGUAAAAUGUAAAAAAUAAUGAAAAAUACUCUGUAAUGAAGAUAUCUAUGGAAAGGAAGUGACUCCUGCAUCGCGAAUACAUUACACAUUGAUGUUAUAGAUGACAAGUGGUUCGUACAUGUAAAUUGUACAAUGUAUUGAAGAAAUAAUUGUAACACUAAAAAAGUGGCGUCACGAUGUAUUCAACAAAAACUCCUUCCUUAAGAAUUGAUGAAGCAGAUCUUAAAUGCAAAACUGGUUGUGGAUUUUAUGGAAAUGCUGAAUGGGAAGGUUAUUGUAGUAAAUGUCAUCGAGAGCAUCUACAAAAACAAAGAUCUCAAUCAGAAUCUAAUGCUUAUGGACAAGGAUAUGACACCCAGUCUACGAAUCGGAGUAUAACUAAUGCUCAACAGAAAUAUGAAGAGAAGAAAGUACAACAGGAAAAGAAAUACAAAUUGUUAAACAUAUCUUUUCGAAAAACAGUUACAAAAGCGCAGGGAUAUCAAGAGUUAUUAUAUGACUUAACAAAAGACAAUUCAGAUUUGGAAAAAGUAAAAGCAGAAAACCGAGAACUAAUAACCGUGAUUGCUAAAACACCAGUAGAAAGAGAUGUUAGAAAAUGUAUGCAUUCCUUUAUAAUUGAUAUACUUCAAAAUAAAGAUGUAAAAAGAAUAGAGGAACUUUCAGAGAUCAUACAAAACUUUUAUCAAGUAUUUGCUAAGCGUUUAGAAAGUAAUGCCAAAUAUGCAGAUAUUACACCAGAAAUUAAAGAAAAAUUGCUAGAUUAUGUUGAGAGAUAUACUAUGACUUUACUCUACAGAAUUCUCUUUUGUCCUCCCUUUACGAAUGAUGAAGAAAAGGAUUUGGCGAUACAAAAAAGAAUCCGGCAGUUGAAUUGGGUAAGUGGAAAAAAUUUAGAAUGCAGAAUACAUGAAACCAGUGCAGAAGUUAGAGAACUUGUUUACAGUUCAAUAACAGAUUUAUUAAACAUGGAUUCUGCUAAAGCUCCACAAGAAAAACUGUCUUGCAUUAUUUAUUGUUGUAGAAAUAUAUUUUUAAUGUUACAACAAUCUGUUGGUGGACCUGCAUCAGCAGAUGACUUCCUUCCUGCAUUGAUUUUCAUAGUUCUAAAAGCUAAUCCUGCACGUCUUAAAAGCAAUAUUAAUUUUAUUACUAGAUUUUGUAAUGCAAGCAGAUUAAUGACAGGAGAAGGUGGAUAUUACUUUACAAAUCUGUGUUGCGCUGUAUCAUUCAUUGAAAAUUUAACAGCUUCAUUAUUAAAUAUGGAUGAAAAAGAUUUUAAUGCUUACAUGUCCGGAGAACGUGUACCCGCCAACACUUGGGAAUCUGCUCUAAUGAUAUGUGAAAGCUUACAUCUAAUGUGCGAAGACAUAACACUUCUCGAUGAAAUGAAAGCUAAAACAACAGAAAUGAUGAAUGAAACAUUGGACUUGAAGGAAAGAAUGCUACGAUUUCAAGAAGAAAUUGAGUCUGAAGUAAAUACAGUUCUAGAAAGAACUCCAUUACUGAUUACACAUAGUCAACGAUUACCAACUAAUUUGGACUGCGAAGAUAUAGAAAGUUAUCAGUUACCACCUCCAAUUAUUCCACAAGUUUGUUCUACUACAGUUAAUAAUUCCACCCAACAAAACGAUAUGAAAAUCUCUUUAAUGGACGAUUGUGUAACACCAUCUCCUACUUUCGAUUUUCCUUCUUUCAUGGGCGAUGACAGCUUUGAUGUGAGCAAGGCAGAAGAUGAAACUAGUCUUAUAAGCUUAGACGCACAAUGCGAUUUUGAUGUCCAACAAGAGAAAACUUCAAAUGAUUUAUUAGUCCCAGCUCAUUUACAUUUGGCUUCUACAGCAGAACCAGAAAAGGAAAAUUAUCAUGGAUUUACUAUACAGGGUACAAACAUACCUACAAUUCCAUGUAGCACUGGGGACUUAUCCCUUAAUUCUACAGAAACAGAUUCCGAAAAUUUUUCAAGUUAUUUCCAUAAUGUAUAAAACACAUUAUGUAAGUGAAGUGCGAUUUUUAAGAAAUAUACUUUUAUGUGCAAUCCUUGCAAAGA